AAAAGUCAGUCCGAGAGUGGGAGGAGAGAGUGAGAGAGAGAGAGAGAGCGAGUUCGCCGGAUGGAGAAGAGGGUGAUGAUUUUCUGCGCAGCCGCGGGCUUUCUUGGCCUUCUCUCUGCUGCUCUCGCCUUCGCCGCAGAGGCCACAAGGAUCAAGGUUUCUGAUGUGGAAACAACAACGCUAGGUGAAUGCAGAUACCCAAGGAGCCCAGCAUUAGCUCUUGGUCUUAUAGCAGCAGUGGCUCUUAUCAUAGCUCAGGCCAUCAUAAACACUGUAGCUGGGUGUAUAUGUUGCAAGAAGUAUCCAAAUCCAUCAGACACAAACUGGACAAUAGGGUUGAUCUCUUUUAUUGCUUCUUGGGUUACUUUUAUAAUAGCCUUUGUUCUGUUGUUGAGUGGUGCUGCCCUAAACGACCGAUGGGGACAGGAAAGGAUGUAUUUUGGCGAAUUCUGCUAUGUUGUCAAGUCUGGAGUAUUUUCAGGAGGGGCAGUACUAUCUCUUGCAAGUGUUGCUCUUGGGAUUGUUUAUUACAUCUCAUCGGUGUCAUUAAAGAAUGUGCAGCCCUGCAAUUCGUCACAAAAUCAAGACAUUGCACUGGGUCAUCCUCAUACUACACCUCAAAGUCGGACGACCCCAGUAUUUGUGCAUGAGGAUACUUAUAAUCGACAACAAUUCCCCUGACGAUGAUACUUGCUCUGCCCAACAAUUUUCCAUUUCCUUUCUGUUCUUGAGCUCUUGCCUUCCGACAUGGGGAUUGCCACUCAAAUCCCCAUUACAUGCAAUUAGCUGGACCUUGGAUCAUUGUCACGAGAGGCUUCCACAUGAGGUGCUUCCAUCACUCGUUGGUCGUGCAUUCGAGGACAGCACUCAACUGCAGAAUUUAGGAUCGAAUGGUAGCUUGUCGGUGGUAGAUGAACAGCAUUCAAUUGGCAGUUAGCUGAGUGUCGUUACGAUAUUUUGCAGGCAUUGGUGAAGUGUCAUUCUGACUGUUGUUGUGUUACAAUGUGAGCAUCAACAUGUACUGAUGGACUCGUCACAAUUUAUGUAAUAUGCUGUUUGAUCAUGCCAGGCUUGUGAAAUGAAAACAAGGUGGGAUGUGGGGUACAGUUUGUGUAAGAAGAGUCUUCCAAGGGGGUGUAGGUUUUGCACUGAGGGCAUUGAAUCGCCAUGUGUGGUUGUUGUGCCAUUGCUUGAGGGUUGCAUGUGGUUGGUUGGUUCAUUUACUGAACCCAAUUGAUUGCUUGAGGAAUCUCCUCAGUUUGUACUCUCUUGCAGUAAUAAUUAUUCCUGCAAACUUGAGUUCUAUCCAAGAAAUUGGACAUAAAAAUUGAAUCUUUAG